UACGGUAGUUGAUUCAGUCACUCACACACACCAACGGUACAGUGGGCGCUAUUUUCUUGUAUUUUAAAGUGAAAAGGAACGCAGUAUACACGAGAUUCGGGAAAACAAAGUGGAUUUCUUCUUCUAGCCGAGGUUCCAAGCUAAAAGUCCGGUGUACGGUGAAGACCAGUGAGGACCGCUCCUGAAGGAUAUACAUGAAGGGAGGGGUGGGGGUGAGGGGGGCUUGUGACAUCACUCCCAGCCCAGGUCAGAGUCCACACAGGCGUGUUCUAUGAUUGAUGAGGAAGUAGCGAAGGCUUUGGUUAAUAGGAAACACAGGAACCUCCCUCUCCACUGAGUGUUGAUGGCGUCACGUUAGGCUAGAGGAAGCAGGAAGCAGUCAUCAAGAUGAACGCGUUGCCGUCGAUGGACCGGCACAUCCAGCAGACCAACGACAGGCUGCUGUGUAUCAAACAGCACCUACAGAACCCGGCUAACUUCCACACAGCAGCAACAGAGCUGCUGGACUGGUGCGGAGAUCCCCGAGCCUUUCAGAGACCCUUUGAACAAAGCCUCAUGGGAUGCCUAACGGUGGUGAGUCGUGUGGCAGCCCAACAAGGCUUUGACCUGGACCUAGGCUACAGGCUGCUGGCUGUGUGUGCUGCUAACAGAGACAAGUUCACGCCCAAGUCUGCAGCCUUGCUGUCAUCGUGGUGCGAGGAGCUGGGUCGCCUCCUGCUGUUGCGUCACCAGAAGAGCAGACAGAACGAGUCCCCUCAGGGCAAAGUCCCCAUGCAGCCCAACAUAAACACCAUGAAACCCCCUGGAGGACUCUCACAUGGUGAUGGGUCAUUUGCCUACGACUCAGUUCCAUGGCAACAGAACACCAACCAGCCCCCGGGGUCAUUGUCUGUUGUUACCACCGUGUGGGGUGUGACCAACACGUCACAGAGUCAGGUGUUGGCCAACAGCUCCAGCCAUAUGAACCCAGGAGGUAACCCCAUGGGCCAGGGUAUGUCUGGGGGUCCGGCAGGCCUCAACUCCCCCCAGUUUCCCGGCCAGCAGCAGCAGUUCCCGGCCAAGGGAAGCCAGGGUCAGGGCUACAUGCAGCAGGGGAUGUAUGGCAGGCAAGGAUACCCCGGUGGAGGGGGCUACAGCGGGAGUUACCCAGGUGGUCCUAACACUCCCCCAGGGGGGAUGGGCAUGCCCCAACACUCCCGCCAGCCUGGCGACUUCACCCAACCAGCAGCUGCAGCUGCUGCCGCCGCUGUUGCCGCCGCCGCUGCUACGGCAACCGCCACAGCAACUGCUACCGUGGCAGCCAUGCAGCAGGAGACCCAGAACAAAGAGAUUAACCAGUAUGGACAGAUGUGUUCCUCCUUCCAGAUGGGCCCAGGCCAGGCCUACAACAACCAGUUCAUGAACCAGCCCGGCCCCAGAGGGCCCCCUGGAGGCAUGAACCCAGGCAGCAUGGGCCAGGCCAUGAACAACCCGAGCAUGGGUGGGCCUACCAUGGGCAUGAAUCAAACUCAAGCCCCAGGCAUGGGGCCUUUCGGGGCCCAUGGCCAGAGGAUGCCCCAGCAGGGCUACGGAGGACCUGGAGGCCCCAGACAGGCCAUGCCUAUGCAGGGCAUGAAGAGGCCCUAUCCUGGGGAGCCAAACUACGUGGGUCAGCAGUAUGGUCCUAACGGUCAGUUCCCUCCCCAGCAGAGUCAGUACCCCACCUCUAACCCAUCCAGGCCGAUGCCCUCCCCAAACUACCCCGGCCAGAGGAUGCCCGGGGGGCAGGGGCAAGGCCACUACCACCCGCAAGGCAUGCCCAUGGGGCAGUACUAUAGGCAAGAGCCAUUCAACGGUCAGAACAGAGGUGGAUACUCAUAUAGCCAAGGCAACGGGGCCCCCAGGCCAGGUAACUACCCCCACUCCCCGGUGCCUGGUAACCCCACUCCUCCUAUGACCCCCGGAAGCAGUAUGCCCCCGUACCUCUCGCCCAACCAGGAUGUCAAGCCCCCGUUCCCGCCUGACAUGAAACCAAAUAUGGCAGCGCUUCCACCUCCCAAUACAGUUAAAAGGAAAGCUGACGUCCUAUCUUCCUGUCCUGUCUCUCCGCUCCCAUCAGCCAAUCCCAACGAGGAGCUGCGGUUGACCUUCCCGGUCCGGGACGGCGUGGUGUUGGAACCUUUCCGGUUGGAACACAACCUCGCCGUCAGUAACCACGUCUACCACCUACGACCGUCAGUACACCAGACCCUCAUGUGGAGGUCAGACCUGGAGCUGCAGUUCAAGUGUUACCACCAUGAGGACCGACAGAUGAACACCAACUGGCCUGCCUCCGUCCAGGUCAGUGUCAAUGCCACACCGCUGACCAUCGAGCGGGGCGACAACAAGACGUCCCAUAAACCCUUGCACCUGAAGCAAGUGUGUCAGCCCGGCAGAAACACCAUCCAGAUCACCGUCACCGCGUGCUGUUGUUCGCACCUGUUUGUGCUGCAGCUGGUCCACAGGCCUUCAGUCCGCUCCGUCCUGCAAGGGCUCCUGAAGAAGAGACUCCUGCCUGCAGAACACUGCAUCACCAAGAUUAAGAGGAACUUCAGCAGCGUUGUGGCCUCGUCGGGUAACACCAGUCUAAAUGGGGAGGAUGGAAUUGAGCAGACCGCCAUCAAAGUCUCCCUCAAAUGCCCAAUCACUUUCAGGCGCAUCCAGCUGCCCGCCAGGGGGCAUGACUGCAAACACGUACAGUGUUUUGAUCUGGAGUCGUAUCUGCAGCUGAACUGUGAGAGGGGGAUGUGGAGGUGUCCUGUAUGCAAUAAAACUGCCUUGUUAGAGGGUCUAGAGGUGGACCAGUACAUGUGGGGAAUCCUCAACGCCAUCCAGAAUUCGGAGUUUGAGGAGGUGAACAUUGACCCAUCGUGUAGCUGGCGCCCGGUGCCCAUCAAAUCUGACCUCCAUAUUAAAGAAGACCCUGAUGGACCACUGGCCAAACGCUUCAAGACCAUGAGCCCCUCCCAGAUGACCAUGCCCAAUGUCAUGGAGAUGAUCGCCCAGCUGGGCCCUGGCCCCUCCCAUUACCCAUCAGGCCCUGCUCAGCACGGGGGCGUCGGCGCCGGGGGCAACCCAGGGGAGUACGGUGGCCCGAGAGGCCCAGGCAACACUUACCACGGUCACGGGAACUUUGACUUCGCCCACGGUAACCCCUCGGGCGGGGGAGGUGGUGGAGGUGGACCGAGAGGAGGAGGAUCCCCCAUGAGUGACUUUAUCCACACCCCUCAGCUGUCCCACCCCCCAGACUUCCCUGGGGGUCUUCUAUCCCAGGACAAGCCCCUCAGCCACGGCAUCAACGGCCCUAUGUCUCAUCCUUCCAGCACUGAUCAGUCCCAUAAUUCCAUGCAACAGCAGAGCUUGCACGCGCCUCCUCACCCCAACAACCAGUUGAUACAUCACGGUGGCAGCCAAUCAGGGCAGUCGUUACAUCACAGCGGCCAAUCGUUGCUGCCACCUCGCCAGCAGGCCCCGCCUCCCCAGCUGCAGCAAGGCCAGAACAGCCACCAGCACAGCGAUCUGAACUUUAACCCCUCCUCGGGCAUCGAAGGUCAAAUCAGUGGUGACAUGCCCGAGCCCUCCCUAGAUCUGCUUCCAGAGCUGGCCAACCCAGACGAGCUCCUGUCCUAUCUGGACCCCCCGGACCUCCCCUCCAACAGCAACGAUGACCUGCUCUCCCUCUUCGAGAACAAUUAACCUUUCGCCUCCCUCACCCCUCGAGCCAAACCCAAAUCUUCUCCACAGACACACACACACCACAGGCUGUGUGUCCAACCAGCUGGACUCUCCAUAGAGUCCAUAGACACACCGUCAUCCUCAUAUGGACUGGUAGUGGGGGCACUUCCCGAGUGGACUUACCCAAUGUGUAGUGCACUUCAGACCCAGGGUUCAAAGUUCAAACCCCCAGUCAGGUCACACCUCCUACACACCCGGGUUCACACCCCGUCGGACACACACACACACACAAUGUUUUGUCAAUUGUGGCAUAGACGUGUAGGUGGCAUGAGGUCAUCUGUCAGAACAUGAGAUGAGGAUGACAGUCUGGAUGUCAGGGAGUGGACACUGUGUGUGAAAGAGACAGUAAACAGGAAAUGCACUCAAGUCCUCACUUCCUCACACACACUCUUCCUCAUGUAAAGAAUCGCGGAGCUGCGGAGCUCCUCUGGCCGACAACAACACGUCGACAGCCAAUGUCGGCUGUCUAGUCCUUAAGUGAUAUUAUAUCGAAAGAAAACUGUGCAGCUAUUAAUCACGUUCUAUGCGUAUGACUUCACAGGCCGAACUCUCUGUGUGGGCUUUUAGGAAAAAGUGUUGUAGCAUUGUUUUAUCAUUCUUAUUUCCCCCAUUAUACAAAAAGAAAAGAAAUAAAACAUACAAGAAUAGGAAAGAAAAGUCAUCUUUUUGUCCUGGCCAGUGUUUCUAUCAAUCCUAUUUUGAUGUGUGUUCUUCCAAGCCCUGAUCCCCUGAGACCACGACCUUUAACCCCUGACCUUUGACCUAAAUAAAGUGUGUUCUUAUAACCUGUGACCCUUAGCUCACAGUGUGUGUUUCCAUCGUGACAUCAGUCAGUCAGCACUGGGUCCGUUCCAUCCAUUCUACUGAAGCACAACAGACAGAGCCCCACACCACAUCACAGGCAGAGCACUGAGAGGAGAGACCAAGGCCUGUGGGGGAGGAUAGCUAGCCCAACCCAGUUGAUCGAAGAAUCAGCACUGUUAACUAUUCUGUCUGCCCAUCGCCCCGUCCAAUGUUGUUAAAGUUUCUCUUCCCUGAUAUUGCAGUACAAUGCCAUGUCGGGCUGUGGGCUGUACAAAAAUGAAUUUUACCAAUACAUUUGUUUUGGGUUAGAAUGAUAUAGAAUUGUGUGCGUGUGGGAGAGAGAGAGAGAGAGAGUGUGUGCGUGUGCGUGUGUGUGCGUGUGCAAGAGAAAGAGUGAGGAUGAGAUUGAUAGAAAAAGAGAAAAGAGAAGAGUCCCUGUUUAGUCUAUAAUAGACAGAAACAUCUAGUGUUGCAAAAGAUAUUCGGCCCUUGUAAUAGAGCCAGAAUUAAAGUUAGCCUGUUUCUCCCUCUUUAAGGUGAGUCUUCCUCUGUUCUACAGGCCUGCAAUUGCUCCUGUAACUAUACUGUACGGUUUGGCUCUACCAUGUGUUAAGAAGUGCAUGUGUGCCAAUGGCCUCUGUUCUAAAUUAGAGGGAAAGAAUAUUGUCUUUUUUAUUUUAUAGUCAUUGCAUUUUUUUUAUCAUGAUUUUAUUUGACAUUUUCUUGCAAAGGAAUGAUUUUGGUUAAUGGUAAUGUAUUGUCCAACUUUUUUAUUUUCAUGUUUGUUCCACUUUGACUGUUCAUUGUAAAAUUGCCAUGAAACAUCACCAAAGUUAUCCCACAGUUUGUAGGAGUUGGCCUGGACAUUACUAUAAUGUAAGAAUGAUGCCCUUCUAUGCUUUAAGCAUACUCCUAGGGAACCCAUCAAAAAUUAUUCUGAAUAAAUGUGUGGUUGCACUGCAUUUUCUGUGUCUUGUUACUGUUAAACUGUAUUUUGUCAUCUUAAAAAACAAAAAAAAAGGAAAAGCACACAUGAUCCCACAAUGGUUUAUAAAGACAAUAAUUUAAAAUGGUUGUCAUCCUGACAAUGUAUGCUUUAAAUAUAUUUGCUAAUGUAUUGAGGGAAAAGUGACUUUACCCCCAGUCUUUUUUUGUUUUAAGUCAAAAGUCUAAUACCCUCUGGAAUUGAAUGUGAGUUCUUUGACAUUUUUGUGCUACCCUCUUUUGUACAACACAAGAUCAUCAUGUGUAUUAUUCUAUCCUCGUAGCGUUUUUGAUAUUGUUCUCCUAUUUUAAGUUAUUACUUUGUUUAUCUAUUAAGUGACUUUGUGAGAAUAAUCAUAAUUUGGUUUACAUCAGAUUAUGUAGCCUACUAAAUGAAAUUGAAUAUUUCUAGAUCAAUCCGUGGAUAUUGUUAGGACUUAGGAAUGAUCCCCAAUGCUGGUUGAAUCACCUGAACACAACUGAUCCUUUGGUCUGUCUAUUUGUUGAAGACAAUGCACUGCCACAGCGAGGUAUUUUGACUCCCCUGCCCCGUCUGUCUGUAGAUCUGUGUAGACAUGAUGCUGAAGUCUGGUCUAUCAACGUUACUCUCUAUACGCCACAUAGAGGUUUGAGUCUUGUCCGAGGUUCAGGCUCCACACACAACUGUAGCUGGACAGUCAAUGGACACAAGUGGAGUGUGUUAGAGGAUGCAAUGUAUUUUCAUGGAAAGGAAAUGGGAGAUGUUGUGAUCCCCCCGACCCUCUCUACUCGGUCACUUAAAUGCAAGAGAAGAGAAAGAAACGGGUCUGGAGGGUCUAAGGAAUGCAUGUACAUUAUGUAAAUUACAAAUAGAGACUCAUUAACUUACAGAAAUGUAGACAUUUUCCCCACGCAGGGGACAAUGAUACGCAUUGUGUAUUUAGAAUUUGUAAAGUUUGCAUCCUCCUGUCAGAAGAGACUGUUGAAUUGUGGGAAAAGGAGUCCGUGUUUGAGAUAGUCUGUACAGUCCUCUCUCUCCGACCACAUUUGUUCAUUUAUGUAAGAUACUUUAUUAUCUACUUCUCAAACACGGCCAUUGGAAAAGGAAAAAAAAUACACAUCUGUUUCUUUUUGUGUAAAAUUCAACUUCUGUGUAUUUCUCUAUUACCUGUGUACUUUAUAAAGGUGCUACAACAACAAAAUAAUAAAGAUAAUUUUGAGGUACCAAUCGGGAUUUGUGGGAACCAUGAGUGGUUACUAAAAAUUGUUGAUACAAAAUUUACAGUUUGUACAAUUUUGUCAAAUUUACAGUUUUUACACGAUUAGGCAAAAAAUAUUACUUCCGAGGUACAAUCUGAAGUGAUUGACACACCAGGUGGCAGUUGUCUUUUUUGUUUUGUACAUUCUGUGUACAGUCAUUUCAUAUACUAAACUGGUCAGAAAAAAAGAAUUGUGAUUUUUAGUCUUGCAAAACUGUAUGUAGUUAGAUGACGUGACAUCCUAAUAUUUAUCUAAUAAAUAUGUAUUCAAA